AUGAUCCGGAAUGUCCGUGCGUGUAAGACAGCGGCCGAGGAGCGAGGGGUGAUCGCGAAGGAAUGCGCGAAUCUACGGACAGCGUUCAAGGAGAACGACAUCGAGUACCGGCACCGCAACGUGGCGAAGCUGAUGUUCAUCCACAUGCUCGGCUACCCCACGCACUUCGGCCAGAUGGAGUGCCUCAAGCUCAUCGCGUCGCCGGGGUUCCCGGAGAAGCGUAUCGGGUAUCUGGGGCUCAUGGUGCUGCUGGACGAGCGCCAGGAGGUGCUCAUGCUCGUCACCAACUCCCUCAAAAACGAUCUGAACCACACGAACCAGUUCAUAAUCGGGCUGGCGCUGUGCGCGCUGGGCAACAUCUGCUCCAGCGAGAUGGCGCGCGACCUCGCGCCCGAGGUGGAGCGCCUGCUCAACAGCAACAACUCCUACAUCCGCAAAAAGGCGGCGCUGUGUUCGGUGCGCAUCAUUCGCAAGGUGCCGGACCUGGCGGAGUACCUGCUGGGGCCGGCGUCAGGGCUGCUGCAGGACAAGCACCACGGCGUGCUGCUGUCCGGCACCAAACUCGCCAUCCAGCUCUGCGACACCCACCCCCCGGCGCUCGACUACUUCCGCAAGCAAGUGCCGACGCUGGUGCGCAUUCUGAAGAACCUGGUGGUUAGCGGAUAUGCGCCCGAGUACGACGUGGGCGGCAUCACAGACCCCUUCCUGCAGAUCCGCGUGCUGCGCCUCCUGCGCAUGCUCGGCAAGGGCGACCCCGACGCCAGCGACAUCAUGAGCGACAUCCUCGCUCAGGUAGCGACGAACACGGAGGCGAACAAGAACACGGGAAACGCCAUUCUGUACGAGUGUGUGCACACCAUCUUCGGCGUGGAGGCCAUUGGCGGCCUGCGCGUGCUCGCCAUCAACAUCCUCGGCCGCUUCCUCGCCAACCGUGACAACAACAUCCGGUACGUGGCGUUGCACACGCUGAUCAAGGUGGUGGCGGUGGACACACAGGCAGUGCAGCGCCACCGCAACACCAUCGUUGAAUGCGUCAAGGAUUCAGACAUCUCCAUCAGGCGCAGGGCGUUGGAGCUGGUGUGUGCGCUGGUGAACGAGGGCAAUCUCAAGGCGCUCACGCGCGAGCUGCUGGACUACCUGCGCGCCGCUGACUCCGACUUCAAGCCCGACCUCACCUCCAAGAUCUGCGCCCUCGUGCAACGGUACGCGCCCAGCAAGCUGUAUCAUGUGGAGAUCAUGCUGCGAGUCAUGACUGAGGCAGGGGAGUAUGUGACGGAUGACGUCAUCCGCUUCCUGGUGGUGCUCAUCAGCAACGCACCUGAGCUGCAGGGCUUCGCAGUGCGCUCGUUCUUCCACGCCAUGCGCUCCUGGAAGGGCCAGGAGAGUCUAGGGGUGGUGACGGUGUGGUGUCUGGGCGAGUACGGGGAGAUGCUCGUCAACAACACAGGGCUUCUGCAGGGCGAAACGCCCCUCCAGGUGGCGGAGGCAGAGGUGGUGCAGAUGCUGGAGGGCAUCAUGAAGGACACGCGCGCCACGCCCACCCUCAAGGCCUACGUCCUCGUCGCGCUCCUCAAGCUCUCCUGCCGCUUCCCCUCCUGCUCCCAGCGCAUAAAGUGGUUGGAGGAGCAGCACCGGCACAGCCUGGUGUUGGAGCUGCAGCAGCGCUCAGUGGAGUUCAGCGCUGUGCUCGCCCGCCAUGACAAGAUCAAAGCCACGUUGGCAGACAAGAUGCCAGCACUGGAUGAGGUGGCGUACCGCUCCAAGCGCGCUGACCUGGCGCCCGACGCAGCGGCGCGGGCAGCAGCGCCAACAGGGCAGCCGUCAGCCAAUGGCGCGGCGGCAGCAGGCGGGGCGGUAGGUGGAGUGCGGGCGGCAGCGCCCCAGGCGCAGGCGCAGGUGUUAGCAGACCUGCUUGACCUCACAGCUGAUGACUCCUCUGCUGCCCCUGCUGCCGCUGCCGCUGCCCCCGCUGCUGCUGCUGGCGGGCUGCUGGAUCUGCUGGGAGGGGUCAGUGCUCCCGCUGCUGUUGCUACUUCUGCGCCGGCAGCAGGAGGGGCAGACCUGUUGCUGGACCUGCUCUCCCUCGGGGACGCACCGGCACCCCCUGCAGCAGCAGCAGCGCCUGCCGCCAUGCCAGCUGCGGCCAUGGACCCCCUAGCAGGCCUCAUGGGCGGUGCAGCACCCACCCUCAUCACCCCCACACCAGCAGCAGCACCCUUCGCCCCAGCCGCAGCACCAGCAGCAGCAGUGGAUCCGUUUGGAGGCUUUGCGGCGGCGCCGGCAGCAGCAGCGGCGCCGGCGUUCCCGGGGAUAGUGGCGUUGGAGAGCCGAGGGCUGCGCAUCACGUUUGAGUUUGCCAAGGACCCUGCUGCCCCGCAGAGCACCACCAUCAGUGCCACCUACACCAACUCCUCGCCCUCCCCGCUCACUGACUUCGUCUUCCAAGCCGCCGUGCCCAAGUUCAUGCAGCUGCAGCUGGAGGCGGCAUCAGGGGCGGCUGUGCCAGCCAGCAACAGUGGCAGCGUGACACAGACCAUGCGCAUCACCAAUACCCUGCAUGGCCAGAAGCCACUGGUGAUGAAGUUGAGGGUGUCAUACAAAGUGGGAGGCCAGGAUGUCCUGGAGCAGGGCCAGGGCAGCGGGGCUGGACGAACGCGUGUGGCUACAUGUCGCAAAUAUCAUCUACCCUCGUCAUCGUCUCAUCCCGUUCGUCCUCUCCCGCCGUGCUCCCUUGCAGCACGCAUUCGCCGCCUUUCCGCCUCACCCUUUCCCCUUCACCCUUUUCCACCCACCCCUUCCCCUCGUCCCUUCCCCACACCGCCCCGCCCUCAUCCGUCUCCUCGUGCGUCCCCCCAAGCAGCGGUGCGCGCGCUGGUAGUAGCGCUGCUGGCGGUGGCGAUGGCGGGCGGGGCGGCGGAGGCGCGGCCGGAGGGGUUCGGGCGGUGGUUCGUGGUCCCCGCGCUGGACGGCGAGGGGUCGUUCGCGGGCGCGUGCGGGCCGCGCGUGGCGGGGGAGACCCCCGCGUGCAACGUUAGCGGACGCAGCAAGGGGCACGAGCUGCGCAGCUACCCCGAUGACGAGGUGCGCGAAGAGAAGGGGAGAGUGAGAUUAGGGGAGCGGAAGGAGAUGAUUGGAAGGGGGAAGAAAUGGGGGGUGGGGAGAGAAGGGAUUGAGGGUGAGGGAAUGGUGUGGGUGACAACGAUAGUGGUGAACGCAUCGUACGACAAGGCAGUGGAGGACGGCACGUGGCGCCUGCACUCCUUCUUUGCCGGCCACAACGCGCGCUCCGAACCCAUCGCACUCACCGCCCCGGUCCUCACCAUGCCGCGCCCCGAGGCAGCCGGCUACGAGGUCUCCCUGGUGGUGCCGCGGCGCUACUCGCCUGAGAGCGUGCCGCAGCCCACAGACCCGACAGUGAAGCUCGUGCUGAUGCCGCGCGGUGUGGUGCGUGCUGUGCUGGGGCCGUUUGGAGGAUUCCCCACGGAGGCGGUGUAUGGCAGCAAGCUGCAGCGCCUUAAAGGGUUGCUGGAGCGGCGUGGCAUGGGGUUUGAUGAGAGCUCGGGUUCGACGGUAACGUUUGUCAUGGGGGAUCUUUUGGCGAAGCAGGGACAAUCAACCAAUUCCUGGUGGCGAACCACCACCUGUGUGCUUCAUGUCGUCCCUCGGUCUGCGCUGUGGUCAUCGCCCAACCUCACCCCUUCCAGCGUUCCCUUCCCUUCGCCCCGCCAUCGAAUAGCUCUCGUCAAAUCCCCUACUCUCCCUUCGUCCCCUCCUUUUCCCUCCCACCCCUCCAACGCCACUGGGACACCAACACUCAGCGCCAUGGUUCUCAAGACGGAGCUCUGCCGGUUCAGCGGUGCCAAGAUCUAUCCCGGGAGGGGCAUUCGCUUCAUCCGCGCCGACUCGCAGGUGUUUCUGUUCGUGAACGCCAAGUGCAAGCAGUACUUCCACAACCGCCUCAAGCCGUCCAAGCUCGACUGGACCGCCAUCUACCGCAAGCAGCACAAGAAGGACGUGCAAGCGGAGGGCGUGCGGCGGAAGAAGCGCACGGCCACCAAGGUGCACAGCCGCUCCAUCGUGGGCGCGUCGCUCGAGGUCAUUCAGAAGCGCCGCUCCGAGAAGGCCGAGGUCCGCGCCGCCGCCAGAGAUGCCGCGCUCCGUGAGAUCAAGGAGCGGCUGAAGAAGGUGAAGGAUGAGAAGAAGGCCAAGAAGGCAGAGGUGACAACCAAGCAGGCCAAGGCCGCUACCAAGGCGGCAGCUCCACGCGCUUCAGGGCCCAAGGGUGGCAAGGUCGCCUCGCUCCACCACGCCGCCACCAUGGCGCUCGUAGCGAACGAGGGGUUUCAGCACAUUCUGCGCGUGCUCAACACCAACGUGGACGGCCGGACCAAGAUCAUGUACGCGCUCACCUCCAUCCGCGGUAUUGGCCGCCGCUUCGCUAACAUCGUCUGCAAGAAGGCGGAUGUCGACCUCAACAAGCGGGCGGGCGAGCUGUCGGCGGCGGAGCUGGAGAACCUGAUGGUGAUAGUGGGCAACCCGCGGCAGUUCAAGAUCCCCGACUGGUUCCUGAACAGGCAGAAGGACUACAAGGACGGCCGCUACUCGCAGGUCGUGUCCAACGGACUCGACAUGAAGAUGCGCGACGACCUCGAGCGCCUCAAGAAGAUCAGGAAUCACCGUGGGCUGCGACACUACUGGGGCCUGCGUGUGCGUGGGCAGCACACCAAGACCACUGGUCGCCGUGGCCGGACUGUUGGUGUCUCCAAGAAGCGAUAG